GUUCCGGGCGGCGGCGGGGGCGAGCGUGUGUGGGCCGGCGUCGUGGCAACCCCUAGACCCCGGGCACGAGGCGGGGGUCCCCGACGGGACGCUGACGAGCAGCGUGCCCCCGCUCCCAGCCCGGACGUGGGAGGAGUGUCACAUCCGGCGGGGGCGGGCCUCGCGGAUCCCGGAAGUGUGGGCGCGGUCGCGGUUUUCCCGCGGUGGCGGCGGCCCGGAGUAGGAACGAUGGAGACGCUGAAGGAUAAGACCCUGCAGGAACUGGAGGAAAUGCAGAAUGACCAGGAGGCCAUUGAGCGGCUCGCCCUGGAGUCCCCCGAGGUCCAAGACCUGCAGCUGGAGCGGGAGAUGGCUCUGGCCACCAACCGGAGCCUGGCCGAGCAGAACCUGGAGUUCCAGGGUCCCCUGGAGAUCAGCCGCUCCAACCUCUCAGACAAAUACCAGGAGCUGCGGAAGCUGGUGGAGCGGUGCCAGGAGCAGAAGGCCAAGCUGGAGAAAUUCUCCUCGGCACUGCAGCCAGGAACCUUGCUGGACCUUCUGCAGAUCGAAGGCAUGAAGAUCGAGGAGGAGUCUGAGGCCAUGGCGGAGAAGUUCCUGGAGGGCGAGGUGCCCUUGGAGACGUUUCUGGAGGCCUUCUCCUCUAUGAGGAUGCUGUCCCACCUGCGCCGGGUCCGCGUGGAGAAGCUGCAGGAGGUGGUGAGGAGGCCCCGGGCGCCCCCAGAGCCCGCCGCCCGGGAGGCUCCUCCACCUCGCCCGCCACCCCCGCCCCCACGCCCCGCUCCCCCGGCCACGCCCCCCGUGGGUGAGGAGCCACCCCCACAGCCGCCAGUCAUUGUGCCUCCCUACCCUUUGCCCUAUAGCCCGACCCCCAACCUGCCCAUAGGCCCCACAGCCCAGGGACCCCUGCAGCCGGCCCCUUUCCCCGUGGUGGCCCAGCCCUCCUCCUAUGGCGGGCCUCUGGGUCCCCCUUAUCCGUCAGCCCAGCCGGGACCCAGGGCCGGUGCAGGCUUCUCCUGGUCUCCACAGAGAAGCAUACCGCCUAGGCCUGGCUAUCCCGUGGCCCCGACUCGUGCCUCUGGGCCCGGGUACCCCCUGGGGGGCCAGGCCUCCAGUCCUGGCUAUCCCCAGCAGCCCUCGUACCUCCCCCCGGGAGGGAAGCCUCCCUACCCAACACAGCCCCAACUCCCAGGCUUCCCAGGACUUCCACAGCCCUCGGUGCCCCCCCAGCCUCCAUAUCCGCCCGGACCCACUCCCCCCUAUGGCUUCUCACCACCCCCAGGGCCUGCCUGGCCUGGGUAUUAGCUCAGUCCUGGUCCGGGCCCCUCCUCCUCCCACCCGUGUCACAGCCUCUGGCCCGCCAUCGCCGAGAUUCGGGGUCCCAUUGGAAGAGGCGUCAGUGCUCCCAGUGGACUGGGUAGGCACCUGGAGGCCUUAGAGCGCUCAUCCGGGAGCUUGCCGGCUUCUCGGGCGAGUAUGUGUGUGUGUGAGCAUGUGCAGGUCACACCUGCUCCCAAGGACAUCUUAGCUGAGUGCACAGCGCACUUGGUGACAGAGCGGCUCUGGGUCUCUGGCCUCUGCUUCCCCUCUCCCCCCCUUCCCCGGGGGAUUUGGCAUCCUGGAUGUGGAGGCCACGCCCCGGCUGCAGUGCCUGGCGUCUGUCGUGUCGGGGGCACGCCGCCCCAGUACCCUAGCCAGGACUGGGUGGGGGAGCGCAGGGGAGCCACGCAGUGACUCGAAGUCCUCUAAAGCCAUAACUGACGGUGACAGGCCAGCAGACAGGCGUGUCCUGUGAACUAGUGUGAGUGCCAGUGGCACCAGUUUAGUGAGAGGGCUGGGAAGGGUGAAGGCUGAUACCCCGGCCUCCAGGGGUCACCUCCCACCCGCUCUGUCCCUGGGGCCGUCCACUUCCGGUUGGCUUUUCCAGAGGCUCAGCCGUCCACUCUUUUAGUGCCUUGACUCUCAUUUGCAAGCAGCCCCCUCUGUCUCUCCUCCCACCCCCCAGAAUUCUCCUGUAACCCCAAUGUCCCUGCAAGAUAGAUGUCAAGAGUGGUGCUCUCCAAACGCCAUCACUGCAGGGGUUGAUGUCUGUCUUCUGGAUAUGAGGGGCAGGGACUGGGACUGUGUCUCAGGCGCCCCUGGGGGCCACAGCAUGGUGAGCAAUAAACGUGGCCACGUGGACCAGAGGGGCCGCGAAGACGAGUCGUCCACUGGGCUGUACAGAUGCGAACCGGGUCUCAGGCAGACCGCAGAGCUGCUACAGGUUAGGAAGUCGUAUGUGCCUUGAAACGGCCAUCACCCAAGCACCCAGCCUCUGGUGGGCCUGGGGCUGACGGGGCCGAGGAGGAAGCCGACCUCCGGGUGCCUGCCCCCGCUGCCCCGCUUGCCGGGCGGUGUGCAUGAUGCUAGCCGAGCACCGCCCGCCCCUCACCAACUGUGCUUGCUUCUGUGUUAUUUAUAAGGAACUCCCGCCUGGCAUCUGUGCGAGUGCUCUUGAAGCGGAUGGACGAUUGAUUGCCUGUAUGUUUGUGUAAUUAAUUGCCAUAAUAAACUUGGAUGAG